GUAAUGUUUGGACCGCGAACACAGAGGGAACACACACACACACACACACACACACAGAAAUGAUAUAUGUUGAAAAAAGAAGGCACCUUCAGUGAUGUUGGGAUGUUCAGUUCUAAACCUGCGACGGCAUGUGGGACUGCAGAAGCUCUCAGCAUUGGCAGCAAUCACACAUUCCUCUUUGGGUCCAAACAAAAAGUACAAAUUCAUCCACGAUGACUCGAGCGGGGAGUCGGCCCUUGUGUGUUCGUGUGUUCGCGUCCUCGAGAACCUGGAGCUGACCUGUGCCGUGGGUCAGCUGGUUUAUGAGACUCUUCAAGCCCACCAAACGGUCUAUAACUCAGGAUCAGGAUGCCUGCUGUUUCUGGCGGGAGCAUGGAGCCGUGCCGCUCUGGAGUGCCUUCACGGAGGAAUAUCUGUAUCACACAUCAUCUCAGCUAUGUCUGAAGGUAUUGAUGUAUGCGCAGGUGUUUGCAGGAAAUCCAGCAUCUCGAUCGAAGGUCUUGGCGAGGUGCAGCCGGAGAACAGCACUGCCACAGUUCCUCACGCCGUUCCACAAGCAUCUAAUCCCCCGCACGGAACAGGACGGUGUGGUGACCAGGUUCUGAACGCCAGUGGACAAAGGAAAAUAAAGCUCAGCAGACAUUUUUGUGAGAGCAGAUGUAAAAACGCAUCAGCGGCGUCACAAGGUAAACUUAUUAACAUCGCACACGUCGCUGAGGGAUUGAGACACGGCUGUGUUGAUGCGAUGAAUCUGGUCUUGGAAGUGAAUCAGAUGCAAUCACAAAGUAAUCAAGACAUGAACUGUGACGUGUUUGACAUCACUAAAGUAGUGACUUGUGUUCUUCCGGGUUUACCAGAGGCUCAUGCUUGUGUUUUAGCGGGCUGCGUCGUUCUUCUGUCUGCUGAACAACUUUCAGUCGUCCAUCAUUUACAACACCAGCUCUUAAAGGUCGCUCUUAUUCGCGGAGAUUUGUCACAUGCCUUCCGCCAUCUUGGCUUCAGUAGGCCGACGGGAAUGCAGCGAGUGAGUGACCACUCAGCUUUGGAAAGUUCUGGCAGAGAGGAGGAGUGGAUGGCUCACGUCCUGGCACUUCUGCUGAACCUGGAAGUAAACCUGAUACUAGUGAGUGGGCUCGCCAGUGAGAAAGUGAUUCAACGCUGUUGUGCGCAUCACAUACUUGUGGUGGAGAAAGUGAAGGCUUCCGCUUUGAGCGCUUUCGCAGCUGCUACGCGAGGCGUUCCAGUGACUUAUGCCACACAGUUGAGUAAGCACUGUGUCGGCACUGGAGCGAAGGUCGCCAUGUGGCGGGACCUCAGCGGCACUGGCAGGAAGUCUUCAGCAGCUGUGACUAUUUCCACCAGUGGGAACUGCAGUUUAGUCACGGUCAUCCUCACUAGCUGUGUCCAGAGUAAGCUGCAGGUGCUGGAGGAUCAGUUCUGGGCCUGUGCUUAUCGUUUACACCACGCACUGAAGGACAGAGUCGUCCUUCCUGGUGCUGGACUGACAGAAAUGCUUUGUGUUCACCGCCUUCAAAAGCAGGCAACCAGGCUGUGCACGGAGAGGACGGCUGAUUCAGAGAAAUCAUCCAGUCCUUACAGGAGUGCAGUGCUGCACCUCAUGGCCGAUGGUUUGAUUGAUUAUAUAUCCACUGUCAUGGUUAACAGUGGAAGAGUUUCCAAAAUCAGAGCCACGGCUGUAGUGAACCAACACGUGCAGGACUGUAACGGACAUUCAGACGGUGCCGCAACGUUCUCAAAGCUUUUCUCAGAGGGCGAUCAUGAAGGUGGCUCAUUUUCUGACGGAGCACCUGAUCUAAAUCUAAAAAUCUAUGAUAAUCUGAGUGUGAAGCAGGAAGCAUGGAGGAAAGCCUUAGAUCUGGUUUCCCUGGUCUUACAGACUGAUGCAGAGAUCAUCACAGGAGUGGAGUCACAGGAAAACCUCAUGCUGUUAUAAUCUUCACGUGGCAUUUUCUUUCUUCUUGUUCUCAAAUAAGUUGGACUCACGAAAAGUUAGGCUUUUUAUGACUGGUUAAGCUGAAGGUUUAUAUUCAAAUGUACGGAAGUUGUAGUUUCCUUUCCACCACAUGGGGGUGACAAACAAUCACAUGACAACAUUUGUGUGUCUUCUGAAUGAAGCUACAUUGUAGGAUGCAAAAUAAAAACCGAGAAGUAAAAUGA